AUUGUCGGCUCGUCAUAAACUAGUGCAGGUGGGGCAGGUCUUGUGAUUAGAUACAGGCAGUGACUAGCAGCAGCAGCCGUGAAUCGCUGUGAGGACUCUAGUUGCUGUGUUAUGAUGGAUUACCGCGUUGUUUGUGCUGUGUUUGCCCCCCUGAUGCUGCUGGUCACGCUCUCACACGCAGAGAUGGUCAAAUUUGCGGACUGUGGCUCAGCUGUUGGAAAAGUGAUUGAAGUCAACAUUAAUCCCUGCCCCAAACAGCCAUGCCAGCUUCACAAAGGACAGUCCUACUCUGUAAACGUCACAUUCAACAGCGCGGUUGAUAGUAAGUCCGGCACAGCAGUGGUUCAUGGCGUGAUCGCUGGUGUCCCUGUACCUUUCCCCAUUCCUGUUGAGGAUGCCUGCAAGAGUGGAAUCCAGUGUCCUAUUCUCAAGCAAAAUCAAUACAGUUAUGUCACCCAGCUUCCUGUUAAGGCAGAGUAUCCCUCAAUAAGACUUGUUGUGGAAUGGGAAGUGAGAGACGACAACUCAAAGGAUUUGUUUUGCAUCAAGUUUCCAGUUCAGAUCGUAAGCUGAGUUCAUCACUGAUGCCAAAACUGACACCACAGAAAACUUUUAAGGGAGGUCACAUUUUCUGUGAACUGAAUUUUUAGACUUCUAAUUCUGAACGCAUUUUAUGAUUCCGGUUCUUAAUGAAUGUAGUUUUAAAGUUUGAUUAAAUAUUGACUGAUUUACUCUUAAAAUUGCUAUUAGUGUAAGAAAGUGACUGCUGGUAAACAGAUUCUUGUUGUGACUGACCAGUCGUAAAAAUGUAUGUAAUUUUUUUUUUAUGUUUAACAGUUGGCUGCUGUGUGGCUAACAUUUUUCUAAUCUAACUUCUAACCUAUGUUUUAUGUGCACAGAUUACACAGAAAUAAUACAUGUCAGCUUGAAAUAAAGAACUUAAUUUUUACCUCAGUAAAA